CUAUUGUACAAACCCCCUCCAUUCCCGGGAUAAGCAGGGAUAUAGCACGACGACAAUACGCGCACGGCGCACCGCUCCGAGACCCCCGCUACGAAACGAUACGCUCGCCGAAACCCCACAACGCGCUCCGAUACGUAUCGGACUCGACACCGCUACGACCCCUCGCCUCACCGUCGCCCCCCGCUUCGAUGCCUUAUUAGGGUUUCAUCGUCCCUGGAUCGAGUGAAACCCUAAAGAGAGAGAGAGAGAGAGAGGAGGCGAUGGGAGUUUGGGGUGAGGGGGCGGGGUGGUGCUUCUGCUCCGGGGGCGGGGUGAGGUCGGAGAGGGUGAAGGGGAGCAUCUUCGCCGCCAAGGGGGCCGCCUUGGCCACCAUCUCCGUCGCCGGCGCCGGAGGCGGGGGUGGGACGGGGUUUUUGAUCCACCGGAGCCUCCUCCUCACCACCCACGCUACACUUCCCUCCGGCGCCGCCGCCGAGGCCGCGGAGAUCCGCCUCAGCCACCGCCGCAUCGCCGCCCGGCUCGUCCCCUACAGAUUUUUCAUUACCAGUUCCAUCCUUGAUCUCACGAUAGUAGGGCUUGAUACUAUGGAUGGUGACUCAAACUCGCAGGGCGGGCCACAGCCUUAUUACUUGAAAACAUGCUGCAACCCCAGUCUAGAUCUGGGCAGCGUAGUUUACCUAUUAGGGCACACCAAGAAAAACGAUCUAACAAUCGGUGAAGGAAAAGUUGUAAUCGCCACUGACAACCUCAUAAAGCUCUCAACUGACGGGGUAACCUGGUGCCCUGGCUCGGCUGGCUUCGACGUCCAAGGCAAUCUAGCCUUCAUGGUCUGUGAUCCCAUGAAGCUCGCCUCUUCUCCCACCGCAAAGUCUUCCUCCGCAUCAUCUUCAUCUUCUCUCUCGUUGAAAAUGGAUUCACCCAUGCAAUUCGGGAUACCUAUUAGUGUUAUAUGCGAUUGGUUACAUCAGCAUUGGGAAGGGAGCUUGGAUGAGGUUAGCAAACCCAAGUUGCCUAUUAUUAGGUUGAUGUCUAGUGGACAAAAGAGUGAAAAUUCCUCCGCUUCUUUCACUCUAAAAAGCGUCUUUAAGCCCACAGAUGGUGAGAAUAAUGAGAUGUCAUUAUCCUCCCAGAUAGUAACUAGACCUAAAUAUUAUCACGGAUCGAGCAGUUCUACUAAUGCAAAGGUAUCUCAUGAUGAAAACCCGAUAGUUGAUUUACGCUCUUCUCAUGAACCAGGAAUCCUAACUCCGGAGAUCUAUGAAACCCCCAUUGUGAUUCCUGGUCCAGUUCGGAAGAAGGAGCAAGCCCCACAGCUCUUGGAUAUCAACUUCCCUCCUAGGGUUCCGAGAUCGAUUCAUUUACCGCUUCCCCUUAAGCAAAUGCUCUCAGCAGAAAAUGACGUCGAAGGAGCUAAAGAUAGAAACCCAUCAGGAGAAAAUGGAUUAAAAUCCCACGAAAUGCAACAAGCCAACAGUGAAGUGCAGUCCAGUUCAUCCCCUGUGGAGAUCUCGGAGUUUGGAAAUGAAAGAGAUGGGUUUAGCAGCGGAGAGGAAACCAUGUACUCAGCUGAAACUAUGGAGAGCAGAAAUAUACCGAGUCCGAGGGAGAAUAACAACAACAAUCAGCAAGUUGGUAGGAGCCAAAGCUGUGUAAAUUACAGCAGAUGGGCUUCUCCGAGAAGCACAGGAGAACGAAAGGGAGCUUUACAAAAGCAGCAUACGUUGAUCCCCAUAAGGAAAACUCAGUCACAGACCACAGCAUUGCAGCACAGAGGCCACGAUUAUUUUAGCCCAACAGUUUCGUCCAGUAUGAAGAAGAGGAACUCCUGCGAGCAGCCAAUGAGACCUCGACAGAGCGCCGUUCAAGUGUCGCCAAGAUGGAUGUUCUAAAAUAGGAUCAGUUGUUUCUUGACUGAAGGAAACAGUAAUUAUCCACCCCUAUCUUCUUACUACUUAUUCGUGAGUCUCUGUUGUGACCUGUGUUCGUUCUUUCCAUUAAGACAAUCUUCUCUCUCUCUAUUGUGAUUGUAUGUGCAGAAAAUGUUUAGAGUAAUAACCGGACCUACUCUAAAAAAUAGGGUACAGAUCUAGUUGGGUGAGAGCAAUGUGACUUCCUAAUGUUGUAUUUUGUAUAUUUAGCUUCUUCGAUAUGUAGCUUUAAACUUUUUGGCUUCAUUCUUUAAAUGAUUAGUAGUACUUAUGCUUUUUACAUGUUACUUUGAUGAAAAUUUGUCACAUGUCAAGUUUGUCACAACUGUUGUUAAUAAGAAAUGUUAGUUGCUCUAGUCCUGCUUCCUUGUAUCUUUUAAAGGAGGUUGGAAAUUCUAUGUAAUAUACUGAAUAUACUAUUGUUGUUCCAUGAA